UACAGAAGGAUGCCAUUUGGUCUGUGCAAUGCACCUACAACCUUUCAAAGGUGCAUGCUCUCAAUUUUCUCUGAUAUGGUAGAAAAAUUUCUGGAAGUCUUCAUGGAUGACUUUUCAGUAUUUGGAGACUCAUUCAGCUCCUGUCUUGACCAUCUAGCACUUGUUCUAAAGAGGUGCCAAGAGACUAACCUGGUUUUAAACUGGGAGAAAUGUCACUUUAUAGUGACUGAAGGAAUUGUCCUAGGAUUUUAUAGGAGGUUUAUAAAGGAUUUUUCAAAAAUCGCCAAACCUCUAUGUAAUCUGCUAGCUGUUGACAUGCCAUUUAUCUUUGAUAAGGAGUGUCUGCAGGCGUUUGAGACUCUGAAGGCUAACCUGGUCACAGCACCAGUCAUCUCUGCACCAGACUGGACAUUACCUUUUGAACUGAUGUGUGAUGCCAGUGACCAUGCCAUUGGUACAGUGUUGGGACAAAGUAAGGUAUUGAAUGAAGCUCAAAGAAAUUACACCACAACAGAGAAAGAGUUACUAGCUGUGGUAUAUGCUUUUGAUAAGUUUAGACAAUAUUUGAUUGGAUCUAAAGUCUUAGUGUAUACUGACCAUGCUGCUAUUAAGUAUCUUAUGUCAAAACAGGAUGCCAAACCAAGGCUAAUCAGAUGGGUGCUACUCCUACAAGAGUUUGACAUUGAGAUAAGAGAUAGAAAGGGCAAUGAAAAUCAAGUUGCUGACCACUUAUCAAGGCUACCACAAGAUACAUGCCAAGACAACCUUCCAUCAAUAAAUGAAGAAUUUCCAGAUGAACACCUCUUGCACAUUCAACAUGUCCCUUGGUUUGCAGACAUGGCCAACUACAAGGCGGGAAGAAUCAUUCCACAAGAGUACACAAGACAACAAGUUAAGAAGCUGUUGCAUGAACUCUUUGAUCUAUGGGGAAUAGAUUUCAUGGGACCUUUUCCUCCAUCUUACACAUUCAAAUACAUCUUGGUAGCAGUAGAGUAUGUCUCCAAAUGGGUAGAAGCAAUAGCCACCACCACAUGUAAUACCAACGUGGUCUUGCAAUUCCUCAAGAAGAACAUCUUCACUAGAUUUGGAGUGCCCAAAGGACUUAUAAGUGAUGGGGGAAGCCACUUUUGCAACAAGCAACUAAAUUCUUUACUCCACAAAUAUGGUGUUACUCACAAAGUGGCCACACCAUAUCACCCACAAACCAAUGGGCAAGCUGAACUUGCCAACAGAGAGCUAAAAAGGAUCUUGGAGAAAACUGUGGGAACAACAAGAAAGGAUUGGGUUAGGAAGCUGGAUGAUGCACUUUGGGCAUAUCGGACAGCCUUCAAGACACCCAUAGGAAAAUCUCCAUUUCAGCUGGUGUAUGGAAAGGCAUGCCACCUCCCUGUGGAGCUUGAACAUAAGGCCUUUUGGGCCACCAAACUUUUGAAUUUAGUUGCUCAAGCAGCAGGAGAGAAGAGGUUGCUACAACUCAAUGAACUUGAGGAGUUCAGAUUGGAGGCAUAUGAAAAUGUCAAAAUAUACAAAGAGAGAGCAAAGAGAUGGCAUGAUAAGAGGAUCUCUCAAAGAACAUUCGAACCGGGCCAAAAGGUGUUGUUAUUCAACUCAAGAUUGAAGAUCUUCCCUGGGAAGCUGAGGUCUAGAUGGACUGGUCCAUACACCAUCACCAAAGUAUCACCUCAUGGCUAUGUCGAAUUACUUGAUGAAGCCUCAAAACAGACCUUCACAGCUAAUGGACAUAGGGUGAAGCAUUAUUUUGGUGGACCCUGGAGCAAGGAAGAGAGUGUGCAACUCUUAACAUGA